CUACAAUCCGUUGAGUAGGGAGCUUGUCAAAACUAGUCUGAGUCUAAUAUGUUUUAUUUAAAUUUGCAUUUAUCAAUUUAGGAAUCAAGUAAAAGGAAUGAGUACUGCUUCAGCUGAGGUAGCUGGGACCCAAGAGGAGGAAGGCACUGUUGUUGAACAUGGGGAAAGGGACAUUACUCCAGGGGAAUCUUCAGAUGGUGGGGCAUCAGGUCAGGUGUCAGAAAGUGAGAGAUCAUCAGAGGUCAGCAAAACAGCUGGCCAAGAGAAGGGAUUGGGAGAUGGAGCAGCUGAUCUGGACAAAGAUAUUGAUGCCAUGAUUGAUAUCAAUGUUCAGAAUGGUCAAGUAGAUCCUGAUGAUUGGAAUAUUGAGAAUAUCAAUGUAGACCUAUCAGCCAGUUCAACUAUAAAUGUUCUUGUUCCCGAAAACGCUUCAGCUGAUACUGGAAUUGAACGAGACAGUGGUGGUGAAGUUGGUGCUGAUAAUGCAGCUGCUGGAAGAGAUGUAACUGAUGCAGCAUCUGAAAUAUCUGUGACUAGUGAUGCCACAGAUAGUAGCUUAUUAGCUGAAGCAGUUGUAAAAAAGGUCAUAGAUUCUGCUGUUAGCCUUAUCAAAGCAGAUCAGGUUGAAGAGGAUGACACUACUGACAAUACAGACGGAAAUACUGCAAUAAAUGUUGCAAAGGUUGGGUUGUUUCAGUAUGGGGCUGAUUCUGACAAAGAAGAAUCAGAAGAGACUGAUGAUGAGAUUAGUGAUGUUAGUGGUGGAGAAAAUGGCAGUAAAGAUGGUAAAGAAAAGUAUGAUCAUUCUGGAGAUACUGCUGUAGGUUUGUUCCAGUAUGCUGAUAUGGAAGAAACUGAUAGAUCAAAAAGUCCUGAAGUUAGUGAAUUGGAUGAAAAUGAAGAUGAAGUUGUUGAUUCAAUGAAUGAUGAAGAAAAGGCUAACAUAAUGAAACUGUAUGGUUUAGAAGAUGUGGAAGAAGUUUCCCCAGCUUCGCCUAAAUCAGCUUCAUCGUCUGAAAAUGGUGAUGGCCAAAGUGCUUUUGAGAACAAGAAGGAAGAAACUGUCUUCGAUGUUCAAAGACAAGUGUAUGAACCACAAGCGAGAUCCUUUUCUGUGAACAGAGAUCCCAGUACAACUGAUUCUUCUCCUAGACUGGAUAGUCAGGAAGGGUUUGGUAAACCAGAGGGGAGAGAAAAGUCAGAAAUAGAUAUUGAGCUAGAAUUCAAUGAGAAACACUUUGGUGACGAGCAAGAAUUUGAACAAAGUAUUGAAACUGAAAAUGCAAAAAAGGCUUCUAUGUCACCUCCGCUAGUUCAGUAUGAAUCUGUCACAGAAAAUGGUAAAUUCAGGAUUAUCAAAACUGCAAAAGAUAGUGCAGGAAUCAGAGUCGGAGCGGACUUGCUUUCACCAAAAGUGUCUCCAAAAACAUCACCAAGAGACUCUGAACAAAGUGAUGAAAAAAAUGAAGUCAAAUUGAACAAAAGAAGUGAAUCUCAUGACACUGUUGAGAGAAAGAAAGAGAAGGUUGCAGAAGUUGUUGAAGAUGUUCUAGGAGCUGAUAGAAUCAAUGUUGAAUCUUGGAAAGUUGAUGAUAGAGGGAGGAGUGAUUCCCACCAGCUGGAAACUGAAUCGUCUUUGGACAUGGAGAAAAUCAGAGCUCUGCUUGCUAAAGAAAACCAUCUAGAUGAAGUUGGAAGGCCAGGCAUAAGUACAAGAGAAGAUGGCAGUGGCCAGCGGGAUUCUGGGAAGAGUCCACUGUCCCACGGGGAACAUGCCAGGAAGGACAGGUCUUAUGAGAAGGAUGAAAGUGACCGACUGGCAUCAGACAGCCGAUAUCUGGAGGUCACUGAUAGUCAGUACUUACAGGACACUGACAGAUACGCAUCCUAUGACAGUACUAGAGAUUCUAGCCGGUUCCAAUCCACUUAUGAGGAGGAGCUGUUAAGACGAGCAUAUGACCGGGUACCAGAUACUACAGGAAGUCGAGACAUCACAGGAAGUAGGGAUGUCACAGGAAGUAGAGACAUUACAGGAAGUAGGGACACCAGUAAAAACUCUGCCCACUCUAGGUCACAUGACUCAGGGGUCAUACCAGGUUUCAAGACACUGCAGCAGCAACAGGCCAAGUGGACAGACAUGUUUGAGACUCUGGAAAACGAUCAUCGUCGAGACUUGAGAUCACAGUAUGAUCGACACCAGUAUAACAUUCAACGUCUACAACAGCAGAUGGAACAUGAGCUCCAGAAACAACACUCUGCCAUUCGGAAGAAACUUGAUAUACACAAGGAAGCACUGGCUGGCAUGUCGCCUGAUGAGCAACUUGAAACGAGGAGAUAUCACAGUCAUGAAGGUGGGGUCCCCUCAGAUGUUAGAACAAGGUCACCUGAUAUGUCAAGGUCAUCCGGCGAAAAAUCAGGUAGAGAUAAUGUAACAGCCCUUAGAAAUUCAUUUGAGUCCAAAUCCUGGCGUGAAAUUUACCAGGAGAUGAGAGAUGAAGUUGAUAGAACCCCUUCCCCACGAUCUGCCAGGCGUUCACCUGACAAUGACCUUGAAAGUAGCCUAGGAAGGCCACAACAAUCAGGACGAAGGUCACCUCCCAGAGGUCGCAUUGAAAGGUCACGGUCACCCAGUGGGGAAGGGUCGAGCAGAGAGAGGUCGUAUGAUAGAGAGACAAUAGGUGUGAGUGCUAAAUAUUUCAAAGGUGAAAGGGAAAGGUCGUUGGAGCCUGAAAGAAGUAGGGAAAGGUCACCGGAAGGGCAAAGGUCAAGGUCAGAGAAAAGCAGAGAUUCAGUGUCUCCCCAUGUCAAAGACCUGUUGGACACUCUCAAUGAUAGUCGGUCCAGCCUGAGGGGCCUCCAAGAGGGGGAUCUUGCCACAGAGAGGCCCAGAGCAGGGGUCUACAGCAGUCCUAUGCCCCUUAUGGGCAGGAUGACCCAAAGUGUCAGAGCCGAGCCAGUCUCCAGCAGUAGAGAUACGACCCGAGAUUCCACCCGCCUGACCCGGUCCCUGCAUGAACCCGCGCACAUCCCAGGAUUCUCCAUGGACAGGGCAGAGUUGUACGGAGGAGAAGAUAGACGCAGGCAGGAACUGAACGACUCUGUCCGAAGUGAUGACUCCCAGCUCUCGUAUAACACACGCAUUAACUUAAGAGAAAAACAUGCCAAGCAUCUUAACGACCUACGCGCCUACUAUGAAGAUGAGCUACGUGAGCUGAGACGAGCCCUCUCGGAUGCGCUUGAAGGAACUACUGUGAGUGCUGACGUUUCAGUACAUUCAACCGCACACUCACAGUUACUAGAGGCGGAAAACAAGCACCUGACGUCGCGUAUACAUGGCCUUGGGGAGGAGCUGGAUAAAUUGCAUGAGAAGCUAAGGACCAUGGAACAGAAGAACGCUGGCCUUGAAAAGAGAGCAAGUGAAUAUGCAGCAGCCUACACUGACUCGAAGACAAUGGGCAUUCAACAUCGAGCUCACAUCGAGGAGUUACAGCGAUAUUGUCGGGAACGGGAUGAGUUGAUUAACGAGCUGGAAUCCCGCGUGACAUCUGCAGAGGAUGGUGCGAAGCUGUAUAAGAAGAAUCUUGAGGAAGAGAUGGAGCUUAGGAGACAGGAUAAGAUCUCUCUGCAAAGGAUGGUUAAUCGUUACGAGUCACUAGAGCAGGAGUUCAAACUUCUCCAGGAGACAAUGUCGGCCACGGAGAACAAGCUAUAUGAGACGCGUACGGACGUUGUGGAGCUGAAUAGAACCAUAUCAAAACUGGAACUUGAAAACAAGAGGCUGGGACGUGAAAAUGACAACCUUCGACACAAAGUUACACAGUCACUCAAUCUGUCUACCCUCCAUGACUCCUUUGGUGGCCCUGCCUCCCCAAGGGAUGCCCAUCCUGCAAGGAGAUCAAAAUCCCCACCCCCAACCAACAUCAACCAAUCACAUUCCAGCAAAACCCCGCCAGAACCCACAACUGACCAUCGGGUCCCAAUGUUUGCCACAAGCAUGAAUGAUUGGACUCCAAUCAUACAGAAGUCUAAAGGCAAAACUCCAACUUCUGCUGUAGACCGGUCUAGACUGGAUAAAUCUGGUUCUUCUAGCUUAACUGAUCUAACUAGAGAACAGAGGAGUUCCAAAUCAAAGAAGGUCGAAGAGUCACCAUCAUUGAAAGGGAGACAACCUUCAAAGUCAGCCAGAUCAGCAAGGGAAGAAACUGUUUCAUCAAGGGAGGAUGUCUCUCACAGAUCACAGACAAGACCAAAAACCGCCCCUGAAGAGCCGACAAGAGACAGACCUCGACUAAGGGAGAUAACUCCUCCAAGAGCCAUGUCCCCGGCCAGUCAGGCCGACUCUGAGGUGUCUGAUUACUCGCCCCUGCUCAAGGCUGAACGGGAUCUUUAUAAGCUACGAGAUAUGAUGAGACAGGCUGUAGCAGUUAAACCAUCAUUUUCACCACCACCUUUGAAGCUGCAGAAGAAAUUUUACGGCAGUGAACGGCCUAGCCAGAAGGAUGAAUAUACACCUGAACUAGGUGUUGCAAGGGGAAGAAAGGAAAGCCCAGCCCUGUCAGGCCACGGCAAGUCCAAAUCCAGCCAGACCCCGUCUAGAGCUGAUAAGCCUAGUGGAGAAAAAUCAUCAAGCAGAAAAUCUGGGUCCAGCAAGGGAGAAAAAGGGUCAGAGAAAGGAUCCAAGUCUAGGGAUCGGGGUGAAAGGGACAGGAAAAGGGAUGAUGAGAGGAAAAGGGAUUAUGAAAAGAAUAGGGAUUCAGAAGAAGGCAAAGUAAAGGCCAGGGAGAGGCAGAAGGAUGAAGAUAGCAGGGAAAGGAGUAAGGAUGGCGAACCUACUAAAUCUAAGGAUAGAGAUAGGAGAAGAGAUCGAGGGGACAGUCCUGUGAGAAAUGGUGAUAUUAAUAGCUCUACGAGGUUUAAUAUCGACUUCAACGAGGAUAUGAAGACCGUGACGGUGACUCCAAGAAAGAGGGACAGCCAGUCCAAUAAACAAAAGAAUCUCAGUGAGGCCGGGGUCCAGACUAGAGACGGGGAACCAGGCAGGACAAAUGGGGAAAGACAAGCAAAUGAUGGGGAUUCCCAGGUGGCCAAUACCUUGGAUCUUAUGAGGAACGGUCAACUGACCACUCGGCCAGGCUGGGAAAAUGUCUACACUUCCAUGGCUAUACCUGCCCCCAGCCAGCAGCCCACAGCAAAAACCAUGGAGCAGAGAGUGACUGAACGUCUGCGUUCCAUCGCUGAGAUGGAAACUCGCUAUGACGGUCUACAGGUGGAGAAAGUUCAGCUGGAGUCAUCAAUCAACAAGAUCCCCAUGCACGGACGCGUUGACAGACAAAAUAGGAAGCAUAAGGAAGAACUUGAGGAAAGACUCGAUGAUGUUGUGAAAGAGUUAGGCUCCCUCAGGAUGUCCCUAAAACGCUACAACGUUCUCAAGACCGCCGGCUAGCUGCAACAUUUUUGUAGCUUACAUUUAUAGAGAUAGAAAAGGUUCUUGAUGUUUCAAAGGCCAGUUGAUUGACCAUUUUUGCUAGACCAGACAAAAGAAUUUUUAGGUUCUCAUUAAUUUUUGACCUAUUUUAAUCAAAAAUGCUUGUAGCCGUUUUUGGUUCUGUUUCCCGGAUUUUUUACCACAACUAAAGAAAAACACAUUUUAGGCGGGGUCAGGUCGAGUGAUGAGGGGGUGGGGUCUGACAAGAUACUGGUGGCAGUGAGAAUCUAAAGAAAUAUUUGUUUUGGCCUAAGUGAAAAUGCGUCGAUCUCCUGGUCGUUUGGCUAGAUGGAAUCUUUGCUAGCAAACUAUGUAUUGGCAUUUUUCAUGCAACCAGAUAGGGCUUUUUUUUACGUUUGAAUCUUAAAACCAUCGGAUCUGAUUUAGUCGAUGAUCAAACCUUUCUGAUUGGUCGAUGAUCAAACCUUUCUGAUUGGUCGAUGAUCAAACCUUUCUGAUUGGUCAAUGAUCAAACCUUUCUGAUUGGUCGAUGAUCAAAUCUGUACAUGCAACUUUAGAAUAAUUCAUUUACAUUCCAAUGUCAGUGUAUCAUAAAUGUGCACAGCAUUUUACAAUCUGUUCUGUGUUAAUUGUUUAUUUCAUCAGCAUUUUAUUUGUCUUGCCAUUGAGAACAAAUGUAUAUUACAUUUUUUGCUUAAGUAUGUCAUUUAUCAUUAGGCUAAAGUUUAAAAAAAUGAAUGAGUUUUUACAUUUUGAAAAUCGAAAAGAUUCAAAACAGUUUGCAGUUAUACACAGAACUAUAGGAGAUCAAACUGCAUAACUGCACAGUGUUGUAUUGUUUUCAGAUUGUUUACCCUGUUGAUAUUACAUAUACUCAGAGUACUGUUUUGUUUACAAGCAAAUACAGUAGCAUUGAAGAUACGAUUGUUCUUGUAAAGAUAUAAUUAUCAUUUUGAAGAAUGGAAUUUUUCAUUUGAAUACAUGAUUGUUGAUUUGAAGACAUAUUUGUUCUUUGAAGACAUAGUUUUUCUUUGAAGACAUGAUUGCCUUUGAAUACAUUAUUGUUAUUAUGAAGACACAAUUGCUAUUUUGAAGAUACAUUGGUUGUGUUUUAGACGAAAAUGAUGUUUGUAACUUCUGAACGGUUAUGGGCACAAUUUAUCGAACAAAAUCUGUGAUAUUUUAAUGUUGUCAAAUAUUUUUUGACAGUAUUGUGCUAUUUGUUCAUAUUAAGAAAUGGUGUAUUUUGCCACUACUAAUGUUUAGAAUUCUUAUACAUGUAAAAACCAUUGUACAGUUCACUAGUGACAUAAUGUUGUCUGAAUAGUCUAUUGAAACAAACCAUCAUUAAAGGUAAGAAUAGACUAAUAUUCAAGCCUGCCAACUCCUCAGACUCAAAUUUAAGUUAACUCCUCAGACUGAAAUUCAAGCCAAUUCAUUAGACUAAUAUUCAAGCCAUAACUGUUAUAACUAUUUACGGCACUUGUAAUCAUAUUUUUACAUUAGCAGUGCCUAAUUGUAGAUGGUUACGUUGUUUUCAUUAAUGUUGGGUUUUUUCAAUUUAUUUAUUUAUUUCUUGUCUAUAUUUGAAUGAUCUAUUGUUGUUUUACUGACAUGUAUAUGUUCUUGGACAGAUUUUUGAGACAUUGAUUUUUUUUCCCUAUAUACAUGUAUUAGGGGCCUCGUGAUUGAUCUUAGAAUGUUUGUUACAAGAUAUCAACAUAUAAAAUACAAUUUGUUAUGUAAUUUGAAAACUUAACUGUUUUGAACAUUUUGUUGAAAUUCUUUCUUUUGAAUAAAACACAAUCUCUUUAUUGGCAUAAAAGGUAUCACAUUUAUUUUCAUUCAAUACAGUUUUUAAAUAAUUUUUCGAAAAUAGAUAAAAAUGUUUAUCACCUUGACAAAUUUUUAUCUGUGAAAGUGAACAAGUUUAGUAAAUUUAUAACAGCAAUAAUUUUUUAUACCAUAAAUACAAACCUGAUGAUUAACAGAGCUAGACAUAAAAACAUCGCUAUAUAAUAAGCUUAUUUUCUAUGCUUUUCAUUUAUGACAUCAAGUAAAAAGCAAGUAAUGUUUAAAAAAUAUAUAUAAUUUACUUUAUUUCGUAAUGACUAUAGAUGUUAUUUAUGAUAUAAAAUAAAUGGAACUUAUGAAGCGAGCUUCUAUCAAUGUGGUUAGCAGAAUGUCCCUAGUAUUUUGAUUUUUAAUUGAGUUUUUUGGUGCUAGUCAGUCAUAGAUAGUUUGUUUUUUUGAAGUGCAUUGUAUGAUUUGAAGUAUUAGCAACAGAUGUCUGUAUCAUAAAUGACAGAUGUAUGAUUUGAUUUAAAGAUUUAAAAGGCUCUUUGUUGCACACAUAGUAAUUAAAGAAAUUGUUAGUUUGCACCAUAAAUCAUCGUUAGCAGCCCUGGUAUUUUUUUCAAUUUACACCACAUAACAUGGGAAAAUUUCAUUAUGACAUUUGAGAGAAAACUUUUCCUCCAAUUAAAAUGCAUGUUACAAUUAAAUACUUUUCAAGAUUAAUCUUGAUGUCAUACUGUCAGAGGUUUUGUUACUAAAUAUAGAAAAUAUCUCAUAAAGUUAUUUCAUUGGCGUAGAUCAUGAAGAGGUUCCUUUUGGCACCAAAGAAACUGCCUUAUUAAUUAUUCAUGAUUAAAAGAUUUUGCUUGUGAAAUGUCCAAGGAUACUCGCUAAAGCAGGGCAUGACAGUGUACCGGGGAGGUGCGACGAGCUAUUAAUAGUUUUCAGUUCUACAUGUACUUUGCCUAGAUUAGAACCAGUGGUCAUUUAACCUUACCUCAUCCUAUCAUACAAUAUGCAGUGUACUAUUUUUUUACCUGAGAUAUUUUAUGUACUUGUGACAAAGACUGUCACCAUUUUGACAAUAUUUGGUUUCAUUGGCUUGUCUGAUUCUCAAAUCAAAACAUUGAAGUGCUGUGUAAUUGUCAUAGCCCUUGUGGCAUUCUUUGCUUGUCUCAUGUUUCGAAGAAAGUAUUGUCAUUAUAAGCCUUGGUGUCAUUUUUGGUGUCAUCUCAGUGCGAAAACUUUAAUAUUGGCAAUAACUAAAAAAGUUUUCAAGAUUUUUAAAUGAAACUUGUUAAACAUGUUGCCAGAGACUUAUGAUACGCACAUAUGUAGCAAGUCCUAUAACUCUUGCUAAAACAUUUCUCCAGUUAUGACCAUUGCUCAUAGCAGGUCCUAUAACUCUUGCUAAAACAUUUCUCCAGUUAUGACCAAUGGUCAUAGCAGGUCCUAUAACUCUUGCUAAAACAUUUCUUGAGUUAUGACCAUUGGUCAUAGCAGUCCUAUAACUCUUGCCAAAACAUUUCUCGAGUUAUGACCAUUGGUCAUCUGAGAAAUAACAGAUGAGCAUUGUCAUUCACCAGCAGUGCUCUUGUUUCAAGAAUCUCUUCAGGAAAUAAAUGAAUUCAUUAUAGAAAUUGAAUGUACUUUAUGCAGUCUUAUAAAUGCACAAGCUAGCAAGUUUUGGUAUCCAUGAGAAAAUGUGUUAAUUUUUUUAAUUUAUCAUAGUUCCACUAAAUAAUUUGAGGUUUUUAAAUUGUUUAACGGUGUGGUUUGAAAAGUUUGGUGUUGGAUUUUUUAUUUGAAAUUCAAGACGUUUUUAUUUAAGAAUUGAAACAUCUUGAAGUUUGAUAGUAAGUGUACUAAUAAGUUCAGACAAACAGUUUUGUUAUGGAAAUUAAGAAAUAACAUUACCUUGAUUUUGUGAUUGUCAGGACUUUAUCGUAAAUUUUGUGUUUGUAUUUGUAACAUUGUUUAAAAUAACAGACAAAGUUUAUAAGCCAGUAAUGGUCAAAGUUUAUAAGUAUUUACCAAAUUAAUGGUUUUAGUGCGACUGUUUAAUGUAACACAUUCAUUAAAAUUCGGUAAAUACAUACUAAUAACCCUUUAACCAGCUUAGUGUUCAAUAUUAUAUUUCCUCUACUGACCCAGCCUCUGUUUAAAUUUAGUGGUUCACCUUAUUAAAAGCAAGAAUGGCUGACUGCUGAUUAACAAAAUAAUUUGUACUGCAGAUUUGAAAAUUACCAGUACUGUCAUUAAAAUGAACAAAAUGUAAUUUGAAACACUAAGUCAUUAUGAAGAAGUGUGAAAAGUACAGUAAGAAUCUCUCAGUAUUUAAUCAGAUUUCCAUGCAACUUAAGACAUAUUAUGUAAAUAAGAGGCUUAUAAGAGAUUAGUUUUAAUAAGUUUGAAAACAGUUUUUAAACAGUGUUACAUCUAGAUAUUUUGUACUCAGAUCGAAGUGUCAAAGGAUUUUAAAUUACAUCCAACAAGUUUGAUCAUGGUUUAUUAAUGCUAAAAAAUAAGUAUUUUUAAGCGAGUUAGUUUGUUUUUUCCACUGACUUGGCACUUUCCAAAGCAUGGUAUUUGUGUAUCAUAUUCUAUUGUAAAUGUUGUGUAAGCUUUUACCAUAAUAAUUUAUAUAUACAGUUGGUAUUCAUAACUCCUAAGAUAGAAUUCAAGCUGAUUCAGAAAGAUUGCUUCAUGUAUGUUCACAUGAUUAUUUAUUUCAUUGAUUGUAUAACAUAUGACAUUAAACUUUUAAACCUGCGUCAAAAUAUUCACAUUUAAAUUACAAGAUUAUGGAUUACAAUGAUAAUUAAAACAUAAUUUUGACAAUCAUCAGUACGGAUAAGCUGAUUUGCAGAUUUAUUACUCUCAACUGCUUUUUUUUUAAAUCAAUAAUCAAGCUAGUGCAUGUUACUUUACAAUUCUGAAAUCAGUUAACUUUAAGGAAUCAGACCCAUGAAGUCUUUAAGAAAUUAAGCUAUUUCUGUUAUAGCUCUGUUUACCAUUAUAAAUGUUGAUAGGGCUUGUAUUCAGUAUUGUUCUUAAUUGGAUCUGAGAGCGAUGUAGCUAAUCGGAUUACUUGUUAUUAAUAAAUGACCAAUAGAGUAAAUGAAGUCAAUGAUGUGUGACCCUAAGAUUAACUUAAGUAGCAUAUGGAAUACCACCCUAGAUGACCCCACGUAAUGUUGAAAUCAUUUGUAAGGUUAUUGCAAUUACUAAUAUCCGAGACCAAUAAUUCAUCAUUCUUCCAGCUUAUAUGGAAACUAAAUGACAAAAAAAAACAUUAAACAUUCAUUAAAUCUGUUAUUGUAAUUUGUAUACUCAUUCUUUAUUUCAACAGUAACCUGAUGUGAAAUUACCUGUUAGCAACUUUAUUUAUCCACGGCCAUAAAGCUUGUUUGUUAUUUUGUUUUCUGACAAGUUUUUUCAUUUUUGUUUUCUGCACAUAAAACUUUCAAAUGAUACCAAACUUCUACCCGGUAUGCAAAAUUUACACACUUGAGGGUCUUAUACCUUAAAGCUGCACUCUCACAGGUUGACUGUUUUAACAUCUUAUUUUUGUGAGUUGGAAUUUGCGAAUUUUUGCGUAAAUGUCUGCAAACCAAUGAUAUAAGACUACUGACAAAAAAUCAGAUCAAAGGUUUUCAUAUUUGUGUUAAAAAUUGGAUGUUUAAUGCAUUUUUCUUAAUGUGUUAGUGACGCCUUUAGCUAUAAAACAUUAAGUUUCGAACGGAAAUAUGAAACACUGCGAUCUGAUCUUUUGUCAGCAGUCUUAUAUCACAGGUCUUCAGAUAUUUAGAAUUGGCUCAUUUAGAAAAAAUGGCUCAUUCCAAGACAAAAAAUAAAAAAAGUUGUCAAAACGGUAAAUCUGUAUAACAGUGCAGCUUUAAAAGCCUGCAUUAGUACUGAUAUGCACUGUUUAAUUUUACCAUUUAUUUUUGAAUAUCUUUAAUCUGCUUGCCAUUGUAACAGUUCAUGACCCCAUUGUAGAUUUUUUAAACAGUUAUGUUAGAUAUGCACAUGUAAUGUAGUGCGAUUUACAAACUGUUAUCUGCUUCCUUAUUCUCACCGAUUUGUGACGUCCAGGCAGCUUGUUUUCUAUAACCUUGUCUUUGUAACACUGUAGAGAUUGGUUGUUUAUGACCUAGAUAAUGAUGUUCCGUAUUAAAAUAAGUAAAACUUG